UUACAAAAUCGGCGCACACUUACAUUAUACUGAGCGUAUUUUUCAUUGUAUUUUUUAAAGGUUCUUUUAAAUUAUUACACAAUAUUUGCGCUAAGGUAGAAAGAAGUUUGCCGUUAAUUUUCCAAAUAAUUCAAGGAUUUUCUGUGCUGAUCGUUUAAGACAAGACUCUUGUCAUCUACUUUUUUCUCUUGGCAUAUCGCCAAGUUUUCAUUUCGCCUGUCUAUAAACGACCUCCUGCUGUGCCCCUGUCGGCUGGAACUGAAAGGUCGGUACUGAAGCUGCAUACCGCCUGCCAUUACGAACACUUGACACCGAUUUGGCCCAGCAACCAACCGUGACUAAGCCAGCCAGUGAGAGGCCGUAUCCAGGCGCCGUGAUUGGUGUGCCCGUGCUCCGUAAAGCAUUACAGAUGGCGUUAUCAGGUAGCCUGAGGGGAUCUGGGCGGGCAGUGUCCGCCUGGAGCUGGAAAACCGGUCAGGCAUUCAGCACGUCCAGCAUCAUGGCUUCCAAGGGAGUGAGGAAGGAGUCUGAUACCUUUGGUGAGCUUGAAGUGCCUGCUGAAAAAUAUUAUGGUGCUCAAACAAAGAGAUCCAUGCUUAACUUUCCCAUUGGAGGAACCAAUGAAAGAAUGCCAGAACCUGUCAUCAAGGCAUUUGGUGUUCUGAAAAAGGCUGCUGCUGAGGUGAACAAGGAGUUUGGGUUGGACCCCAAAGUUGCUGAUGCUAUCUCCAAGGCUGCGGAUGAAGUUAUCAGUGGCAAACUCUACGAGGAUCAUUUCCCACUCGUCAUCUGGCAGACAGGCUCUGGAACCCAGUCCAACAUGAACACAAAUGAAGUUAUUGCCAACAGAGCAAUUGAGAUGCUUGGUGGUGAGCUUGGUAGCAAAAAGCCUGUCCAUCCAAAUGACCAUGUGAACAAGAGCCAGAGCUCCAAUGACACGUAUCCUACGGCUAUGCACAUUGCUGUGGCUGUGGAGAUUCACAACACCCUGCUGCCCAGCAUGCAGAAGCUGCAUGAUGCACUGGAUGCCAAAGCCAAAGAAUAUGCAGACAUUGUGAAGAUUGGCAGAACCCACACACAGGAUGCUACUCCCCUCACCCUGGGCCAGGAGUUCAGUGGCUAUGUCACUCAACUGGCCUUCGGCAUUGAGCGCAUCAAGGCCACCCUGCCCAGGGUGUACAUGCUGGCUGCUGGCGGCACUGCUGUGGGCACCGGCCUCAACACAAGGAAGGGCUUUGCUGAGAAGAUUGCUGACAAGGUGUCAAGCCUCACUGGCCUCCCAUUUGUCACUGCUCCCAACAAGUUUGAGGCUCUGGCUGCCCAUGACGCUCUGGUGGAGGUCUCGGGCGCGCUGAACGUCAUCGCCUGCAGCAUCAUGAAGAUCGCCAACGACCUGCGCUUCCUGGCGUCUGGCCCGCGGUGCGGCCUCGGCGAGCUCUCGCUGCCCGAGAACGAGCCGGGCAGCUCCAUCAUGCCGGGCAAGGUGAACCCGACCCAGUGCGAGGCCAUCACCAUGGUGGCGGCGCAGGUGAUGGGUAACCACGUGGCAGUCAGCGUCGGCGGCAGCAACGGCCACUUCGAGCUGAACGUCUUCAAGCCGAUGAUGGUGGCCAACGUGCUGCGCUCGAUCCGGCUGCUCGGAGACUCGUGCCAGGCGUUCACCGACAAGUGCGUGGUCGGCAUCGAGGUGAACCGGUCGCGCGUCGACCAGCUCCUGCACGAGAGCCUGAUGCUGGUGACGGCGCUCAACCCGCACAUCGGCUACGACAAGGCGGCGCACAUCGCCAAGACGGCGCACAAGGAGGGCUCCACGCUGCGCGCCACCGCCAUCAGGCUCGGCUACCUGACCGAGGCGCAGUUCGACGAGUGGGUGCGGCCCGAGGAUAUGCUGGGACCCAAGUAGGCGGCGCACGCGAGUCCGGCGAUCGCACGCCGCCCCCCGGCGCGGCUCACCCCUUCCCUGAACUGCGGGCAGAAAGGUCACGUCGGUGGCGGUCAUGAUUACUGGGAGAAAGUUCGAGCGGAGAGUGUUAUGGAUUGGUACAAGUGUGAGCGAAUGUGAGACGACUGGUCGCAAAGCGGUGUUUUUGAAUGUUUAUCGCCGUAGUGACACAGGCUUCUCACGGAAAUAAAGUUUAUUGGUGCAAAAA